AUGAACAGCGAUACUCCCUCUUUUCAUCACCCCUCAGACACGCACUCAUCUCCAAACGAAUCCAUCCCAUCCCCAUCCCCGAGUGGUUUGUCUCGCCCUAUUACCUCAUGCUUACCCUGCCGUCAUCGCAAAGUCAAAUGCGACCGUCGCCAACCACAAUGUUUAGUGUGUGAGCGAGGCGGUCAUGUCUGCUCGUAUGUAUCGAAGCCGCAGUCACCGGCUUCGCCCCUAGAGUCGAACCGCAUAACCAAACCCAGCAACAAUAGUGGCUCUAAGCUGUCUUCGUCAACGCUGGCUAGAAUCAACCCUGGUCUGCAGCGACUGGCAAAUUUUAUGGCGCAAGCGAAGGCAUAUGAGGCAUCCUCAUCACACAGUCCCUCCUCGUCGUCUCCGGACUCAUUCACACCUACAGCGACAACACAACCGACACCAGCAGCCAACACUUCCGCCCCUCCCCACAAUCCGCGAUCGGAGGAAGAUGCCCUCAUCCUUGAUAAUGGAGUUCCCCACUUUGUUUCCGGCAAACACUGGGCUUGGAUGGCAGCAGAGCUUCAAGACAUCCAAUCAGUUCUUACAGAAUCUCAAAAAUCUUCUCCACCCGACGGAACACUUGACGAUGUCAUUUGGGAUGCAGAUUCGCCUGCAAGGGCAUCAUUCAGCAGCACCGGCAACAACUUCUGGCCUGAUACCCGGGAAGAUUGUUACCUGCUGCUGAAUGUGUACCUGGCAAAUGUUGACCCGAUAGUUCGCAUUAUACACCGGCCGAGCUUGGCCCGUCGCUUUGACGCCUUUGUUCGUUCUCAAUAUCCCGACAGUCGAGACUAUACACCAACACAAGGGGGUGGCAGCCACGGCGGUACGAGUAGUACUCUGAAAAAGAUCGAUGCGUUCAAGCCACUGGUCAUGUCUAUCUUCUAUGCAGCUGUCAAUAGUAUAAAGGAUACAGACGUUGCCACCAUGUUCGGCAUGGACAAAGCCACUCUCCUCAAACGAUAUCGGAUGGGAACAGAGUUACUUCUAAAGCGCCAGAAAUUCAUGACUUCAAGGAUCUUUGAGGUUCUGCAGGCAUUUGUGAUAUUACUAACUGCGCAAUACAGAGAAGACGACAUGGGGAAAGUGUGGCCAUUGACAGGCCUGGCCAUUCGGAUUGCAAUGCUUCAAGGACUCCACAGGGAUCCCUUAGCCCUACCGCUUGGAACGAUCGACGUCGUGCAGGUGGAGCUGCGCCGUCGUCUGUGGGCGCAGAUCUGCCAUCUGGAUUUCAGGACGGCAGAAGAUCAUGGAUUCGCGCCAUCGAUCCACGCAUCGGACUUUGAUACACGUCGACCCGUCAGUCUGGACGAUGUAGAUUUGAUCGAAGGCGUGGCCCCCUUGUCUGGGCUCUCUGAUGCCCCUAAAUUCACCGAUAUGACUAUCUACCUUCUGCGCAUUACAGCCGCCGGUUACUACGGGCGCAUCAUCCAGAUAACGCAUGCAUCACGCAAGCGUUUGGGUAACGGGCUGGAUAGUUCGGUUGUUGAUGAGUCCCAGGCCUUGAUGGAGCUACAGGGACUGUUGCAGACCGCCACUGGGCUUGCACGUGAUUUAGAAAGGGGCCUCGACGAGCUUAUUCGCUACUGUGAUAAGAGGGUGAUGAUGCAGUCGAUGGCCUUGGAUCUCAGUCAGCAUCUCAAGACUAAGUUUUGGGUCAUGUUCUGGACGCAAAUAUCCCGACAGGAUCGCGAGAAGAUUAUCAGUCCUGCUAUGAGACGAAACAUAUUCGUCGACGCUGCGACCGCCGUAGAGACUUGGUGCGCCAUCUCCUCGAGCCCGGCCUGCGAGCCAUAUCAGUGGCACAUAACCUCUCACGCAGGCUUCUACCUCAUUCUCUACGUGCUCUCCGAGCUCUGCAGUCCGGCAUUCCAGGCGCCUGAAUGGGCGGACCUUCGUCAGCGUGGGCUUCAACUGGCCAAUGCCAUUUACGAGCUCCGCGGUCAGCAUACUACGGGCGCCUGGCCUGCAAUUAUUUGGUUGGCGAACCGUAUUCGGUUCCAGCAGGAUCUGGCUUUGAAUUCUGGGCCUGGGUUAUCUGCUAGCCAUAUUGCCGCUGGGAAUGGUGCUGCUGGGCCCGGUGGUCCGUCGGACAACCAGUCCGUAACUAUGAGAUCGGCUGGGAAUGUUGAUGGUCCGCCCACGAUGGGAGCGGCGGGUAUGGAAUUCAAUACAGGAGAUCUCAUGGGGCUGAUCAACCUUGACGAAAUUAAUUUUUCGGACUUUAUCAUGAUGGAUGGGAUAGGGGUUCCGGGGUUUACGCGGUGA